AUGGGUUGUGCUCACGGCGCAAACACUUCAAGACCACCUUGCCAGUUUCAAGUUCUCUCUCAGCUUGACCUGAAGUCCAAUAUGCCGAAGGCAGAGAAAGGCGGAGUUUUCAGAAUGGGGAACAACUGCUCAGCGCCACAUCCACAGCCUUCAGGUGACGAGGGCAAUUCUCAUCUAGCAAAUGGCAACGGCAGCUCCACCGGGGAUCUCGGUAGAGAGCCAUCAACUUUUCUUUCGCCCUCAAUUCCACGUGUGGAAGCUAGUGAUGCAGAACUUGUCAAUAGACAAAUUCUGCCCGCAACGGUUUCCAGGCCCGCAGCAAACCGCCCUUUCAUUACGUCUUCAUUUCCUGCAUCAGUACCCAAGCCUGCGGCCGUGAGAUCUACGGGACCAGGUUCUGUCUCAACAGCUAUUCCCACAACGCACCUUUCGAAUCUCACAGUUGAAGGUUUAGCUGCUAAACCAGGAUACUGGCCAAUAUUUCCAAAUGCCGGUCGGAUAGUGUGGCCGCGUCCAGAUGCCAUGAAAGCACAAGAGUCAGCGGUAUCAGGUAUGAGCAGGCGACCAAGCCAGCAGAGAGUCGCAGAGCUGAAGGAGAAUGAUCUAGUCGACGUUGCACCAACUAGGAAAUAUGCUCUCGACGCUGAUCGUGCGGCUCAAGCAGCAAAUCAGUCUCAGACAUAUCGUCCCACAUCAAACUACGAUAAAGUUCGAUCCAUGAGCUCCGCCAACACGACCAAGCCACAAGGUCGUCGUCCUUCUGAGUCUGUCACCGGACCAGAGGUCACACCGAACAAACAAACUUCGAACACUUUAAACCAACCUGUCAAGCCGCAGACAACGUCCAGUCCAGCCUGGGAUCGUUUUUUGGAGAAGAGAAAGCGUGAUAGUCUGGGUUUGAUACCAGUUGCGAACAGUAUUAGUGUUUUCGAUACACUUGGUGCUGGAGCUUCUGCCUCACCUGCUUCACCAUCUGAAACUGCGCAAACUGUUACACCUGCCACACCUGCUGCGCUUACUGCGUCCAAAUCUGCUGGGAUUUUCGGUCCAAUAUCCUUGCCAGACGGGCACGACUAUCGUGAAAAGUCAAAAGAGGGCUUUAAGCUCCCACCUCUGUCUGUGAGCAAAAUACGUCAACCUGUCCCUGAGCAAUCGAGUGAAACCAACAAUGACCUGACCAGCUCAAUCGGGUCUCAGGAAGAUAUAGCAAAUGCAACGUCACAUUGGCUUUCGCUGUCGACCCAAGAUGUACACAAUUCUAGCGUUCCGCCAAUGCUCCAGGAGCAGUAUGAUAUGCACCGUGCCAUCGCUACUAUGAUCAAGAACUAUGAACAUCCGAAGUACGCCGCCAUCAAGGAAAAAUUCUCUAAGAUGGAUCGAACAAACACCGAACUCUUCGAGUUGCAAACACAUAUGAAGAAACAGCAGGAGGCCGCUGUACAAGCUGUUCAGACUCUACAGGAGCAAGUGGUAGCAGCAGAGCGAGCGCGAGAACAGCAAAGCGACAAUGUCACAGAUAUACUUUCCAUGCAUGAAGAGGAACAUAAUCAGCGCAAUCUUGAGCUUAAGAAGACUAUUGACAUGAACCAAAAGGCUCUACAUAGGUAUAUCUAUGAGCUCAAAAAGGUUCAUGAAGGGAACAGGAAACUGCAAGAGGAAUUUAACUCAAACCUCAACAAAGAGCUUGAGAAGAUUCACAAGGCCCAUGUCCAACGCAUUUACGAUCUCCAGAUUUCUACGGAAAAGACCCAGAAGAGUCAUAGCACAGCACUCAAGAUGGCGAACGAGCAGAUCCUGAAGUUGCAGAGUCAGAGAGACGGGCCACUGAUACACAUACAGACCGAGUUCAAGUCGCUCCGGGCAGCCGCAAUGAGCCAGGAAGAGGUUUGGAAAGCAGCAGAGGAGCGUCUUCAGCGGACCUUGGUAGAGGAGCGCAUCAAGUUGGACGAUAUAAAGCCACACUUUGAAAAGCAAAUCGAAGAGCUACAAGAUGCACAGAAGCGUAUCACGACCUGCAUGAGCGACGUCCUGUCAGAAGUCGCCCGUAAAACUGAGAUGGACGCCGAGGUGAAGAUGCAAAAGAAACAACUCAAGGAGUUCAGAGAGAAUGUGAACGAAGUCUUUCGCAAAGCAGAUAGUAAGAUCAAAGUUGUCGAAGGCGUAAUCAGCUCUUUGACUACUCAACUAGCAGAUAUACGCACCAGCACGCAGACCAAUACGCAGACCAGCAUGCAGAACCCGAGUGAGGAUCUGAGCAUUUUGAAAGCAGGAAUCGAGACUGCGUCAUUUGACAGCGCGAAGAAACACCAGCAGGUCACGGAUGAGAUGCAGAAGAUAAGUACCGACGUCGCAGAUAUUCGAGGCCUCAUCGACACCAAAUCCAGCGACACCAACACCAUGCUCGAGCGUGUCGAGACCGCGUACCAAUCCACCACAUCCCAGAUCUCCGCCUUCACAGCCCGUUUCGCCGCCCUCGAAGAAACCCAAUCCCAACUCCAGACCCUGCUCACCGACUCCCUCUGUGUCAAAGCCGAGCAAGACCAAUUCCAGCAAGCCAUAACAACCGACAUCGCCUCCCUUCGCGCCGAGCUCCGCCAAGCAUCCCGCCUCAUCGCCGCCGUGCAAGCAGAGAACGUAGGCUUAAAGAAAGCGAUCGACAAGGCGAACGAGCCUGCGGACAUAGAGUGGAUGGAGGUCAGCGGCCGCGAUGUCCCCUUUGCUAACAUUCCACCUAAUUCAUCGCCGACCAGGCACCCCCCGUCUUUUCAUGGCUCGCUUAGUGGUUCAAUGCAUGGCUCGCCGGCGCGCAGUGUUCCGUUUCAUACACAGCUUCCUGGCGUGGGAGGAAUGCAUCCAGGCGGGAAUAUGUAUGCCAGCCAUGGCUUGAAUGGUAACCCCAUGUAUGGCGGCCCAAUGUAUGGACAGAGUGGAGGGUACCCGUUGAGGGGACACCCAGGUUCGAAUGCAUCGGGAUGGUCCUGA